AUGAUCGGCUUUUAUACCAAGAGCAUCCCACUUGAAUUAAGAGCUUUGUGUUUGCAGCUGCAGCGACACGUUGAAAGUUUAUCGAAAAUGUGGCAUAGUGAGUUUACAACAAAUUGGCCCGGUAUGGUUCAGCAACAGAUGCUUCCAUCCAGUUACCUUGAAGACGACGACGACUCACACGUGAAAAGGCCAAUGAAUUCGUUCAUGAUCUGGGCAAAAAUUAUGAGAAGGAAGUUUGCUGAGGAGAACCCUAAACUACACAAUGCAGAGAUCAGCAAGCUGCUGGGCAAGGCGUGGAAUGAGCUGACCACGAAGGAAAAGCGGCCGUUUGUCGAGAAAGCAGAAAGGCUUCGAAUUCGUCACAUGAAAGAGCAUCCUAAUUACAGGUACACGCCAAAGAGGCGAUCGCAAGACAGACGGCCUGGUCAGCGAACAAACUCCACUUACAUGAACCCGAGCUUCAUCAGCAACAUUUCAAACGUUGUAAUGAACAGUCAGAUAUUUGGACUGCCUCCUACUCCAGAACUUAGUCCUAAAGACAGACAUUGUGCUUCCACUCCAUACAUGGACCAUGCAGGACAAUACUAUCCGACGGGAUAUGAAGAUUGGAACUACAAUACGUACAGGGAAUCGUUCGGCAAUCAUCGUGAUUACAAUGGUUAUCCUCCGACAAGAUUAGAAAGAGACCAAGGCAGACCUCAAUUUAACGGUCCUUCAACCUCUGACUAUCCUAAUCCACGAUUUAAAGGAGCCAUAUGCUUCACACAAGAUAGAGACACUUUUAGUUAUAAUGAUGAGACUAGGCCUGGCACAAGCUCAGAACAGAUGUUUCACCCAGAAAACGCAAGGAAAGACGUAACAUUUCCACCUUGCGCAUAUCAGUCCGGAAAGAUAAAAUCACCAGAGAAUUAUUAUUUUAAUGAACCUCGUUCAUCGAUUGUCAAAACUGUGGUACAUUCCGCAGGAAACGUUGGAUCUACGUUGGCCACAGGCGAACAGCAACAAUCUCAAAAAAUCGUCAGAAGAACACGCUUAAGUUCUUGUAGAUUUGCACAGCCUCAAACUGUAGAAAACGACGACGAAGAAGAAGGUGAAGAUUAUUCUGGACGGAUGAGAGAAAACUCGGGGACAAUUCUAGAAAAUUUCACCGAACUUUUAAGCGAUGAUUUAGACAGAGAGGAAUUUAGUAUGUAUCUCGCCGAGGCGUACUGACUGAAGUAAAUUCUUCCAUUGUAAACACUUUUAAGGAUCAGUGUUCCCCAUCGAAAUCAUCGCAUAAUGGUAAAACUGUGAGAGACGAAGUACAGUUUUUAUCCAUGAAAGGCCGGCAUUAAAUUGCUAUUUGUUAAAUAUAUCAGAAGGUGGCACGAGUGGUUAACGAGUUUAGAAUGAUAUUACAUCAUAUUAAUCGAGAGUGCUUUUGCUGUAAACAAACUGCUGUAUCCUGUGUUUUUGGGAACUGUUUUCUUUCACCUACAGAGUGUCUCGAGGACUUGUGAACAGCGCAUUUGCAGGCCGUUGAUAGAGGCCUGCUAUUAUCCGUAUAUAGCGUUUGUGACGAAAACCUUUCGUUGUUCCACGGCGCUGAAGCUGCAAUGAUAAGGCGUUGAAAAAAGUCGAAGGUUAUCUCCUACGAUUGAUAGCUUACUUACUUUAUUAUGUUGAUACUAUGCUAGAAACAUUAGGAAUUUAAGUGCAAUUUUGGUUAAAUCCGUAGCAAAUGUCGCCUUUUAAAUUUGCAAAAUAGCUUCAGCGUUGUAGCAAUUAAACAUGAUAGCUUGGUCCAGA